AUGAUGUCUGAGCCGAACUCCAUGUCUCAACCUGCUGAGCCUUUUGAGUACAUGUUAUAUGAGGGGGACCCUGAUCAUCUCAAGACCAUCGUCUCCAGCCCCAGGCAGAAAAGCCCCCGAAUUGACCCUGAUGUGUUGAAGCUCACUCACCGCAUUGGGCGGGGCCCCUUUGGUGAUCUCUGGGUUGCAACCCACCACCUCUUCAGCGACGACUAUGAUGAAUACCACGAAGUUGCUGUCAAGAUGCUGCACUUCAUGAAGGAGGACCAAAUCCCAGCCUUCCUCACCAGGUUUGACGAAGUAUUCUUCAAAUGCCAGGGCUUGCAGGGGGUUUGCCUUCUACAAGGCAUCUCAAGGAAGAUGGGCAAGGCAAGAUCUUCUUCUCUCUCCCUCUAACCAAGCAGAGAGAGAGAGAGAGAGAGAGAGAGAGAGAGCCUGAUCCUCGUUUAUUCGUUGUUGUAGUCUCUGUUCUUCUAGCGGAGAAGGUUUCAAUACAAUCUUAUUUACAGGUAUGCAUUGCCAUGAAGUUUUAUGAGGGCUCUGUGGGAGACAAAAUGGCCCACCUGAGAGAAGGAAGGCUCCCGCUCUCUGAUGCCUUGAGGUGAAGCCAGAGCUUUGAUCCAUCUUUGAUGGUCUCAUCUCUGGGAAGAUGAUUAUCUGAAGAAUCGUCGACAUCUUAAUCGCAGGUAUGGAAUCGACCUGGCGCAGGGGAUCAUGGAGCUCCACUCGAGGGGAGUUCUAGUCCUUAAUGUGAAGCCCUGCAAUGCCCUCCUUGACGAGAACGACCGGGUUAUCCUCGGAGACUUUGGGAUCCCUCACCUCCUGCUUGAUGUCUCUCCACCAAGCCCAGAGCUGGUGCAGAGGUUGGGGACUCCCCAUUACAUGGCCCCAGAGCAGUGGGAGCCGGAGGCCCGAGGGCCCGUCUCCUUUGAGACCGAUUCGUGGGGGUUUGGGUGCUGUAUCGUGGAGAUGUUGACCGGUUCGCCGCCUUGGUGCGGGAAGUCGGCUGAGGAGGUGCGCCGCCUGGUUGCGGUGAAGCAGGAGAAGCCAGAGAUCCCCAGGGGCCUGCCGCCGAAGGUGGAGGAUGUUCUUCGCGGAUGUUUCGAGUAUGACCUCCGGGAUCGACCUCUGAUAGGAGACAUCCUACGCACGUUUGAGAGGUACUCUUUCCCUCCGUCUACUCUCUGAUGGCAACAAAAUCUGUCCUUGAUCAUUUUCAUCUGUGCCUUUGCAGGAUUGGAAAAAGUUUUUUGAAUGGAAUUUUCUCUUGCUGAGAUUCAAUAGAAAUACUUGAUAUCGUGCAUGGUUAGCGUAACGUGUUGGAAUAUUCUUACUUUCGGGGAAAUAAAUGAAACCCACCCUGCUAUGCUAUGCAGUUGGGGCCAGUUUGUUCAUCUCCAUGUAUAGAAAUUCUAUGCAUGAGACUCACCUGAAGAAAUCAGUGAAUGAAUUCUUGGACUCUAAUUAGAACAGUAAACUUGCACAUUUUCUCAGAUAGCAGUCAGUAAUGUUGCAUGCAUAGUUAGUGCCUGCUUUUUCUUAAAGAUUCCAAUGGAAUUUUUUAUUUUCUCGUUUUUUUCUUUGGUAUAUCCGGUUGAUCUCAUGUGAAACUAAUGUAAUUUAACGAUCUAUUAACAUUUAAAAAAAUAAAAAAAAUGUAUUUGCAUCUAAAUGGCUACCAGGAUUGUUCCCGGACCUGAAUUUAAUCUGAAAAGUAAUUUUUGAUGCAAUUAUGUAGGGUGCGAUGUGGUAUCAUCAUUUAUAAAAUUUCUAACACUCGUUCAUAUUUUGUUUAUCAAUAAAUUCGAAUCAUCAUGAUAAUUGGUGACCAUAAUUAUAUAAUCAUCUAGCUAAAAAGAGAUGAGCUCAGACGUAUUUCCAUGGAUUUUUUGUCUCUUCUUAUGUAGGGGUUUUUAUCAGCUGAGAGGAUAAUAUUUAGCGAGGUGUGAUUUGAUAGUAAUGAAUGAUUAAUCUUCAGUUUUAUUGAAAUUUACAGUUGCAGAGGAGAGGUCGCCGACGAUGGCGGUGGCGAUGAUUGGGGGAUGAAGAAGAUGAACCAGAAGGCGGCGAGCAAGUACAGCUACACUGACUGGUCGCUCCUGAAGGACCGCCUCCUGGUGGGCGACACGGUGCGGUCCAGGAAGCCCAGGGACGUCCGCCGCCUCGAGAAGAUGCAGGUCCCGGAGGGAACGGUCGUUGGAGUGGAGAGCUCCGCCGGCGGCGGUGGCGCCGCCCAGGUCCUGGUGAGGGUUCGCGGGAUCCACGGGCCGCUGAGGGUUUCCUCCGCCGCGCUGGAGAGGGUCUCCUUUGGCUUCGCGGCCGGCGACUGGGUCCGGAUCCGGCGCGCCGUCGAGAAGCACUCCCUGGUGGGCGUCCUCCACUCGGUGGACCGCGAGGGGCGGGCCGCCGUCGGUGUGGUCGGCUCUGCAGCGCUGUGGCGGGGCAGCUGCUCCGAGCUGGAGAUGGCGGAGUGCUACUGCGUGGGGCAGUUCGUGCGGCUGAAGGGCCACCUCUCCGGCGGAGGGAGGUUCGGGGGGUGGCCGCGGCGGAGGGACGGCUCGUGGGUGACGGGGAGGAUCUCGAAGGUGCUGCCCAACGCCUGCCUGGUCGUCGGCUUCCCCGGCCUGCUGAAUUUCGCAGGGCCGGUGGAGGCGAUGGCGGACGCGGCGGAGGUGGAGGCGGUGAGCUUCGAGGCCUGCGAGGGCGUCGCGGGAAAGUACCGUCACCUGGAGGACUUCCACUGGGCGGUGAGGCCGCUGGUGAUGGUCCUCGGGCUGUUCGCCGCCCUGAAACUGGGGCUCCUCGUCGGCAAGGCGGGGAGGUCGUCGAGGCAGGCCAAGGGCGGUGGCGGGCCGGGGGCGGCGGCGACGGCGAUGGAGAGGCAGCAGCAGGACGGACAGGGUGCGGGGAACCCUGCUUGGCUCCCCCCGCCCGUCGCUAAUAUUCUGUUCAGGGAAGGCUCUGCGGCUGCUCCUGCCCCCGCCGCCGCCGCUAGGUAA